AUGGAUGUCACAUUUCUCGAGGAUAAGCCCUUCUUUCCCGUUAGUCCUCUUCAGGGGGAGAACACUAGUGAAGAGACUAAUGUAUCCACAUAUUCUCUUCCUUGUGUUGAGGAUGAUGUAAUUGAAAAUAGUGAAACUGUUGAGACUACUCCAAAUAAUGCCAAUAUUACUGAUGGCAAUGGGUCAUCAGGAGAGACUCAGGAGGAUGAGGACUUGCUACGUGUAACCGAGUGUGACCACCGACCUAGUACUAGUGAGGAGACAGGUAAAGCAAGGGAGUAUGAUGCCUCUCUUGAUAUGCCCAUUGCGUUGCGGAAAUGGACCAGUAACUUGUCCUUUGAGUUUAGAGCCUUCAUUAUUAACUUAGAUACUGUAACAAUACCGACCAAUGUGCAUGUGGCCAUGGAAAUUCUCGAAUGGAAGGCAGUGGUUAUGGAUGAGAUGAAAGCUCUUGAGACAAAUAAGACAUGGGAUCUUAUGGCUCUCCCUAAAGGACACAAUACUUUUGGGUGCAAAUGGGUGUUCACUGUUAAGUAUAAGUCUGAUGGAACACUUGAUAGAUACAAAGCAAGGAUGGUAGCUAAAAGGCUUACUCAGAUGUACGGGAUUGAUUACUCAUAA